AUGAACGGAAAUAAAGAUGAUAAUCCGGUCAACUUGGGACCUAGUGAGAAGCCCUCGGUUAAGCCCAAGGACUUUGAGUUUCUAAAGGUAAUCGGCAAAGGCAGCUUCGGCAAAGUUCUUCUGGCCAGACACAAAGUGGAAGACUGUGCCUACGCUGUGAAAGUUUUACAGAAACAAGCCAUCAUGAAGAGAAACGAAGCCAAACAUAUCAUGGCAGAAAGAAACGUCUUACUCAAGAAUGUACAACACCCAUUCCUUGUUGGCCUUCACUACAGUUUUCAGACUCCAGACAAGUUAUAUUUUGUUCUGGAUUACGUCAACGGUGGCGAGCUGUUUUUCCAUUUGCAGCGUGAGCGCUUCUUUCCCGAAUAUCGUGCCAGGUUUUAUGCAGCAGAAAUGGCCAGUGCGCUGGGCUAUUUGCAUUCUCUGAAUAUAAUAUACAGAGAUCUCAAACCAGAAAAUAUUCUGCUCGACUCAACGGGCCAUAUCGUUCUCACCGAUUUCGGUCUUUGCAAGGAAGGAAUUGUGGGUCAAGGCACAACUUCCACGUUUUGUGGCACGCCAGAG